AUGUUGGUGAUUCAGGCUUCUGUGGCGAUCAUGGACACCCGGCAGGGCCCAUUCAAGGCUUUCUUUGGAAAUCUUCCCUACGAUGGAGUUCAAGGAGAUAUUGAACAGAUCCUGAGACACAUUGGAUUCACGAAUGACGAAAUUCAUUCGAUCCAUAUUCGCAUGGUUCGUGAUCGAGAAACAGAUAAAUUUAAAGGAUUUGCUUAUGUGGAAUUCAACAGUGCUGAAGAUUUGGAGAAGGUUUUGGAAUGGAAUGGCGUGGUAAUUCAGAUUUGA